AUGUCCAUGAAAGAAUACGCCUACCCAGGCUUCGGCAAAGCCCACCAAAAAAGCUACCGCUUUUCCUCCGCCGUCCGAACUGGAGAUUUUAUCCACUGCACAGGUCAGGGUGGCUUCCACGACUCAACAGGCAACGAAUCGCCCGACCUCACCGACGCAGCCCAAAUAGACCAAGCCUUUAAAAAUAUCGAUACGACCUUAAGACAUGCCGGCGGCGCAAGAUGGUCACAGGUCUAUAGGGUGAAUUCGUUCCAUAUAUCGCUCGACGACGAAGCGAUCCAGGCCAUGGUUCGUAAUUUCAAAGAGUGGAUGCCGGAUAAUUAUCCCACUUGGAUUGUUUUGCAGGUUUGUCGGCUGGGGGAUCCGAGGAUGAGGGCUGAGAUUGAGGUUUCGGCUUUUGAUCCUGUUGGGAGGAGGGGGGAGGGAACUAAUAGCAGGUAG